AUGGCUUCUGUGCGCAUCUGUGUCUGUGGUGACGAAGGCACCGGCAAGUCCAGCCUCAUAGCUUCUCUCGUGAAGGAUGUCUUCAUCCAGAACAAGAUUCAAGCCGUCCUGCCCCCGAUCACCAUACCGCCUCAACUCGGCACACCUGACAAUGUCACCACGUCCAUUGUCGACACCUCUGCCCGACCGCAAGAUCGAACCACGCUACGCAAGGAGAUCCGGAAGUCGAACGUCAUACUCCUCGUCUACUCCGACCACUACAGCUAUGAACGCGUCGCGCUCUUUUGGAUGCCGUACUUUCGGUCCCUUGGCGUCAACGUGCCCGUCGUCCUCUGUGCCAACAAGUCCGACCUGACCGGUGACGUUAACACGCCGCAAGUCGUGGAUGGCGAGAUGCUACCCGUCAUGGCCGAGUUUCGCGAGAUCGACUCGUGUAUUCGGUCGAGCGCGAGGGAACACCGCAAUGUGAACGAAGUUUUCUUCCUGUGUCAGAAGGCCGUCACCCACCCCAUCGCCCCUCUUUUCGACUACAAGGAGGGGAACCUCAAACCGGCUUGUGUAGACGCUCUGAAGCGGGUGUUCUAUCUGUGCGACAAGGACCAAGACGGCUUCCUGAACGACCAAGAGAUGCACGACUUCCAGUCUCGCUGCUUCGAUAAACCGCUGACUUCGGAAGACCUCGACAACAUCAAGCAGUCAGUGUCGAAAGCAGCCCCAGAGACCAGUCCUGAGAAGGGCAUCGACAAAAUGGGAUUCCUACAACUGAACAAGCUCUACGCUGAAAAAGGUCGCCACGAGACUAUCUGGAUCAUUCUGCGCAAGUUCAACUACACCGACAGUUUGAGCUUGGAAGACAGCUUCCUCCACCCCAAGUUCGAAGUGCCCGAAUACUCGUCUGCCGAGCUCAGCCCUGCUGGCUACCGCUUUUUCGUCGACCUCUUCUUGCUUUUCGACAAGGACAACGAUGGUGGUCUGAGCGACGACGAGCUGGAGGCUUUGUUCGCGCCAACGCCGGGGCUUCCUCAGUCCUGGCAGGAGACGUCCUUCCCCUCCUCGACUGUUCGCAAUGAGGCCGGCUACGUUACCCUGCAAGGCUGGUUGGCUCAGUGGAGCAUGACAACCUUUAUGGAACCGAAAACGACCCUGGAGUACCUCGCACAUCUGGGAUUCGAACCAGCGACAUCUCGUGAGACGACGACAGCUGCUCUCAAAGUGACCAAGGCUCGUAAGAGGAGAAAGCGCCCUGGCCGCGUCGAGCGGAACGUUGUUCUGUGCUACGUUCUCGGUGCGCCUAGCGCUGGCAAAUCUUCCCUGUUGGAUGCGUUCCUCAACCGUCCGUUCGAUCCGCUCUACCGCCCCUCCAUCAAGCCGCGCCGCGCCGUCAACAGCGUUGAGCUGCACGGUGGCAAGCAAUGCUACCUGAUUCUUGAGGAGCUCGGUGAGCUCGAACCGGCCAUCCUCGAGAACCAGGCCAAGCUCAACGCUUGCGAUCUCGUCUGUUACGCAUACGACUCGUCUAACCCUGAUUCAUUCAGUCACAUUGUCGACCUGCGUCGCCGCUACCCUCAUCUCGACGAGCUUCCCGCCGUCUACACAGCCCUCAAAGCGGACCGCGACAAGACGACGCAGCGAUGCGAGCAGCAGCCCGAUGAGUACACCCACGAACUCAUGAUGAGCGCUCCGCUCCAUGUUUCUGUGACCUGGGGCUCCAUCUCUGAGCUCUUCAUCGCCCUCGCCGAGGCGGCCACGAAUCCUAGCACCGCCUUCCCCAGAAGCGAAGAGCCGCCCGUGGACCGCACGCCGCUAUACGUCGCGCUCGGAGCAACUGCAUGUGCCGGCCUUGCUGCCUUUAUGAUCUGGCGCCGGUCGACCAACUCGGCCUGA